AAAUCGUGUGUUUCUCAGGAUUCACAUCUCGAAAAAUCGUGUGUUUCUCAGGAUUCACAUAUCAAAAAAUUGCGUGUUUCUCGGGAUUCACCAAUCAAAAUGUCAUGUGUUUCUCUGGACUCACAAAUCAAAAAAUUGUGUGUUUCUCAGGAUUCACCAGUUAAAACGUCACGUGUUUCUCCGGAUUCACAAAUCAAGACUUCACAUGUUUCUCAGGACUCACUGGUCAAAUCACAUUGUGAAAAUUCCUCAGGGAAAGCCCCGCACUCUAGUUCCUCCGGGUACUCAAGUUCCUCCGGGUUCUUCUGAAGUAAUUUCCACGCAAAUAUCUCUGGAUAAUUGCAACACUCUCAAAAGUGCGAUGGUACCAGAUAGUAACUCAAAAGCCAAACUUGACCAGAUAUUGAAAACCAAUGAAAAAGUUUUUACUCAAAAGGGACUCAUCAAAGGUUAUCAAGUUCAUCUUCAUGUUGAAAAAGAUGCUACUCUUAUAUUUCAUAGGCCAAGGCCAACACCAUAUGCUUUAAAGCCUCUCAUUGAACAUGAAAUGAUAGAGAGCUUUGGCAUGAACUUAGAAUAGUAAUAAUAUUAUAGUCAUAAGAAUGAUUCAAAAUGUAUAUGCACGGGACAUGAAAGCAGAGAGAUCACAUCAGACGAUAAAGUAAAUGUCGUAGAUGGCGAGGGAAUAAGCAACAAUCCCAUUCAAACCACCACGCAUGUACGUUUACCUUUCUAAUUGUUUUUUAUUUAUAUAUAAUUACUCUUUUGCUUUUAAUUACAUCAGCUCAACAAUUAAAUCUUCGUUAAGAAAGGAAAUACGGUUUAUGAUCUAUGCAGUGCGUUGUAUUAGUCGUGC